AUGGGUAUCCGACAGUCCAUGAGCGUGGGUCUGCGUCACCACCGUCAGGUCGGCUCCACGGUGGUUACCGCAGUCGAGGCCGUAUCGGGAGAGGGAAUCAGCGCGGAAGUGUCGAGACUCGAAACAGCCGUUCAAUCUGGGAAAGUGCGGGACGCCACGCGGUGGCUCACCAAGAGGAAGAGGACGGCGAGCCGAGUCCGUCGCGCGCGCAACCUGCGGUCGAGGAACGACCUGGUGAUUCGCCUCGUGCGGGACCUGUGCGAUCGCAAGCUUGCGUCCGCGGCGGCUGCUGCUGCUGCUGCUGCUGUCGCCGCCUCUUCGGUGGAGGACCGCGGACGUGGUAGUUCGGCGCCUGCUGCUGGUGCUGGCUCUUACAGUCGUCGGCUUCGAGAUACGUCGGCUAUAGAACAAAAGGAGUUCUCCCUGGGCGCGAUGCUCGUGGUGGCACCCGUGGGCCGCCGCUACGCGCAAGAAGCGGGAGAAGCUUCUACUCGUUACGCUGGUUUCCGUGGCUGGAGCGGCGCGAGCGGAAGAGGCGACGACGGCGCGAAUGUGGCGACUCUUGAGGUGGGGGCAGGUGGUGAUUAUGGUUGUGCCGGUAGCGCUGGUGGAACGGUCGUCGUGCCUGUCGGCCCCAUGCGCGUUGCUCCAACGAAUCCUGCCGCCGCUGUUGCUGCUGCUGCUGGUGCUGCUGCUGCUGCCGCUGCUGCUACUGCUUAUGACGAUGAUGCUGACGUGCCUCUUCAUGCUGCUGCUACUGAUGGUGAUGCUGUCGGUACAAUUGUCUGUUACGCGGACGCUCAAGCGCGGGCUCCGCUUUUUACCCAAUUCGUCGAUGAAUCAACCGAAGCCGCUCGAGCCCUGCAACCCGGAGCGCCGGAAUUUUCCGCGCCGGAUUUGUCUGCGGCAGAAGUAUCUGAAGGGCUCGGAGUGUGCGUGUCUCCAACUGUGGACGCACCUGCAACGACCGGAGCCUCUGCGGCGCUGCUGCGUGCCAAGACGCGUGAGGUGGAAGGAGGUGAGGAGAGCGAGAGGACGGAGGAGGAGCAAGGGCUGGGUGAGUUUGCCGCGGGAGGGGGAGAUGGAGGGACGGGUGACCAGGGCGAGGUGGUUAUGGCUGAGGAGGAGGCCUUUGGGAACGUCGGGACUGCUGGAAACGGUGGGGAGGAUGAGGACGAGGAUGAUGACGAGGAGGAGAACAAGGAAAUGGUUGAGAAUCUGUUGCAGUUCAAGAGAAGCGCCUCGCGCGAGGCGCUGCCGGUGCUCGCAACUGCUGCCGCGCCGGCGGCGGCGGCGGCGGCGGCGUCGGGCGCGGCGGGGGCAGGGGCUUCGGUGGAGGGGAACGGAGUGGGGUACGGUGAGGCUGAGACUGAGUUUGGGAACAGCGAGGGUGAAGGGGUGUCGUCGCACGAAGACGCUGACAUGCCUGAUGCUGAGGCUGCGACUGAGGGAUUCGCUGCGACUGCUGCGACUGAGGCUGCGACUGCUGCGACGAGAGGAGAUCCGGGAUUGCUCCCGCACGGGAUCGCGCAAAUCGCACGGGGAGUCGCGCAGCAGGUCGCGCGCGAGGUCGCGGUGGUUCAGACGCUGGCGGGGGGCCUGUGCGACGGUUUGGGCGACGAGCUGGGCGACGGGGCGACGCUUGAGGUGGCGGUGCAGGGUCUCCUUCCGGAUAGCUGCGCGUUGAAUCAAGUGGCUGUGGUGCCCGUGGUGUGCAUUCACGACGGGCAUGCGGACGAGGACGACUCAGAGGACGUCCGAGGAGGAGGAGGAGGUGGUGCUGCUGUUCCGCACUACGAAGUGUCUGGUGACGAAGAGGCGGCCGUUUGUAACCCGGUUACCACCAUGCUGGAGGGUCCGUGCGACGGAGUGUCAGGGGGGGCGUCGGAUGAUGCGGGCGGCAACCCGUCCGAGGUCACGGAGAGCCAGGAAACGCCCCAACUCGAGGAGCAUGAGCAGAGUCUCGAGUCUAAGCACGCUCACGGGUCGAUCGAGGGUCCUCUCCUUGCCCCCGCAGAGCAGGCGGCGGACGAAUUGGCUCGUUCGGUGCAGGCGCAGGAAGAGGAGAACAAGCGGUUGCGAGAGGCGUUGGCAGCAGCGCGUGCCACGUGGAAGGCUGUGCAGGACGAGAACAGGCACCUGCUGCAACAGAUGACUCUCCAUGGCCUUGAACUGCCCGCAUGUGUGACUGCCAAGGCGCAUCAUCUCAACAAAUCCCCUCCACCGCUGCAACAGCAUCAACCACAGCAACUGCAGCAGGACGCUGCAGUGCUUUCACCCUUCUCUCCUCCGCCCACUUCCUCCUCCUCCUCCUCCGCAGCAGCUGCAGCAGCGGCGCCAGGAGUAGCGCGUUGCCCCCCCGCCCUCCCCCCGUUCCUCUCCCCGUUCGCCCCUCCCCCUCCCUGGGCAUGCCAUCCUGCCAGACUGCCCCUUCCGCCCUUCUUCCGCUCAUCCGCGCUCCCCCUCCCCGCGCUCUUCCACAAGGGCCUCCCCGCAGGCCCCUGCGCCCCCGCCUGGUUCUCCCGCUCAGCCCCCCCCGCGCCACUUGCCUGGGUGAAUAUUUCUCCCCCGCCCGCGUCCUUUCCUCUUCAAUCCACGGGUGCUUUCGCCCCUGUCGCCGCCCCUGCCACGACUGGCGUGACUGCUGCCACAGCUGCUGCGGCUCCAGGAGUGCAGAGCGCAGCGGGUGAAGGGCAGGGAUGGGUGGGAGGUGUGGGAGUGCGUUUUCCUGUGUCUGCUGAAUCUGGUGCUGUCGCAGCAGCUGCUGCUGCUGCUGCCGGUGAUGGUUGUGUGGGGAGUGUUGUGGAUAGUGAUGUGGGUAGUGCGGUUGCACCGCGCACAGAUGCUGGUACUGGGGAAGCUGAUAACGAGAAGCAAGCCGCUUCCGCUGCUUCUGCUGGUGCUGCAGUUCCUGCAUCGGUGUCUACCCCCCUGACUUUCUCCUCAUCCUCUGCUCCUUCACUUUCAACUAGUUCUCUUCGGCCACUUCCAAUGAUUCCCCCCUCCUCGCUCUUCCUCCCCCCAACUGCCUUUCACCACCACCACCGCCACCAGCAGCAGCAGCCGCUGUCACAGCAGCAGCAGCAACUGCCGUCGCCCUUCCCCUUCUACUUCCCGCCCUCAUUCUUCUCCGUCCCCCCGCACGUGCACCCCUCCGCGCUACCCCGCCGCACCUCCCCCCCCACCGGCGCUGCCUCUGCUGCCGCCACUGCCACCGCCGGCACAAAAGUCAACCAUGACGUGAGUAAGCAGCAGUCUCGCCGUGCUACCCUAAGGCCCUCCCCUCCUAGUAGCUUCUCUGCCGCUGGUGCUGCAGGGGGCAGCUCUGCUGGUGCAGCAGUUGCGCCUGUUGCAUCUGCUGCUGGCGCAUCCCCUAUUGCAAGCGGUGCGGGUGCUGGGAAAGAGGGAGUUGGCAACAGCGGUUCAGGCGGCUCAGGCGGCUCAGGGGGUAAUGCAUUUGGAGGGGGUGGUUGUGCAAGUUGGGGGGUAUCGUCAGGAGCAGCAGGAGGGGAUGGUGGUGGUAGCAUUGGUGGCGGUGCCAGUGGUGCUCAUGGCGCCAGUGGUGCUAGUGUGGGUACUGCUGCUGCUUCUGCCGCCGCCGCUGCUGCUGCUUCUGCCGCCGCCGCUGCUGCUGCUGCUGCUGCUGCUGCUGCUUCAGGUUCUAGUGCUGCGUUUGCUACUGGUGCUGCCGGCCCCUCCUCUGGUGCGUCAGGAGCAUUGCUAGCAGCAGCAGCCGGCGCUGCCGCUGCUGCCUCUUCCUCGGCUCCUGGCGCCACAGUUUGCAGCGUGGCCGCUGGCAAAUUCGUCGAUAAUUCCGUACACGAGAGUAACAACAGUUUUUUGGCAGUUUCAGCUGGUGCUGCUGGUAGCAACAACAGGUCUUGGGAGAAGAGAGCAUCCGGCUCUUUGUCCCCGACUGCAGCAGCAGGAGGGUUAUCAACAGGAGCUGCCUCUACUGGUGAGGCCCCUGCAGGAUCGCCCCCUUCAUCCCCGGGUGCCAUUGCUUCUUCAAGUCCUGGUGGGAAGAAGCGGGCACGGGACGAGGGGGGAGACGAUGUGGGACGGGUUUUGCAGCCAGUACAGUCCCUUGUUCCCGGUCCCAUGCCUGAACCGCUGGUGGUGCUGCUUCCGGGGGGAGUUCGAAUGCCGUGCCCCUGGCCUGCCACUCUCCCCCGCCCUCCUAUGAUGCCGGUUUCGUCAGCAGUGGGAGGAUUGGGAGGGGUGCCAGGAGGAUGUGUGAUGGGGACAGUGGGUGUGGGCAUGGGAAGUGCAGCUGCAGAGGCGAGGAAGAGGAGGAGGGAGGUGAAGAGGAGCAAGGGCAUGAUGGGUCAGGCAAUGGUGGCAGGUGCUGCUGCUGGUGGCGGUGGUGCUGGUGGUGAUGCUGUGGGGUCAGCAGCUCCUGCUGUGGCUGGUGCUGCUGCUGCUGCUGGUGUGUUUAUUCAGGUACCAGGGGAGGUGAUGAGGGCUCGUGUGCCAGCCACAGACGUCGCUUGCCGCCCUGCCCUGCUCUCUACUGCCCCGACUUGUUGA